UCCCCCCAUUUCAAACCCAACCCCACCCCCUACCACACCACAUCACCUAGGGUUCCUUUUCUUCCAUCCAGGUCGUCAACCCGAAGAAGCUCGUCGAUCCAUGGACAAGUACGAGAAGCUGGAGAAGGUGGGGGAGGGCACCUACGGCAAGGUGUACAAGGCGCGGGUGGCGGCGACGGGGCAGCUGGUGGCGCUCAAGAAGACCCGCCUCGAGAUGGACGAGGAGGGGAUCCCGCCCACCGCGCUGCGCGAGAUCUCCCUCCUCCGCCUCCUCUCCGCCUCCCUCUACGUCGUCCGCCUCCUCUCCGUCGAGCAGGUCACCAAACCCUGCGGCAAGACCGUCCUCUACCUCGUCUUCGAGUUCCUCGACACCGACCUCAAGAAGUUCGUCGACGGCUUCCGCAAGGGGCCAUCGCCCAGGCCGCUCCCCACGCAGGUCGUCAAGAGUUUCUUAUACCAGUUGUGCAAAGGAACUGCGCAUUGCCACGGCCAUGGCGUCCUUCACCGGGAUUUAAAGCCACAAAACUUGUUGAUCGACAAGGAGAAAGGGGUACUGAAAAUUGCAGAUCUUGGGCUAAGCAGAGCUUUUACAGUUCCCAUGAAAAGCUACACCCAUGAGAUUGUGACACUCUGGUAUAGAGCUCCGGAAGUUUUACUUGGAGCCACACAUUACUCAACUGGUGUUGACAUUUGGUCCAUCGGUUGCAUCUUUGCUGAAAUGGUCAGAAGACAAGCUCUUUUUCCUGGCGACUCAGAGUUGCAACAGCUGCUUCACAUUUUCAGGUUGUUGGGAACUCCUACUGAAGAGCAGUGGCCUGGAGUAUGCGCUUUGAGAGACUGGCAUGACUAUCCACAGUGGAAGCCACAAAAUUUGGCACGUGCAGUUCCAACACUGGAGCCUGAAGGACUUGACCUGUUAUCGAAAAUGCUUCAGUUUGAUCCAGCGAACAGGAUCUCAGCUAAAGCGGCAAUGGAGCAUCGCUACUUCGACAGCCUGGACAAGUCCCAGUUCUAGUUGUUAUUGUUGCCUUAGACCAAGUUGGGCCUUCGCCAUGGAGCGGGGAGAUUGGAGAUUUGAUUUGCUUGCCAUCUAGGCAACUGAACUGGUCACUUGCGCUGCAAUGUUAUCUCAUGAUUCCUUGAUGUUUUUAUCUUUUAUUAUUAUUAUUAUUUUUAAACAAGGCAGCAGAUUUUCCAUUAAGACUGGAGUUCAAAAGUAAA